ACGCUGCGUCCUCGAGACCCAACUCGCGUUGCAAAGCUUCCCGCUGAUCGCCAUGGAUGCUUGAGAGCUCGAAGCGAGGCGAUGAACGAGGCGGAAGCAGUGGUGGUCGGCGUGCGUGUGCGGCCCUUUCAGGACAGAGAAAUUCAGAACAAUGCAUCCCUCUGCAUCAGCAUGAGCCAGAAGUCCACCUCCAUCUUUGAUAGUUCGGGGAAAGACACCAUGUUCACCUUUGAUGAAUCUUUCUGGAGCCACGAUGGCUAUGAGGAGGACCGGACUGGAUACUUGAGGCCGAAGCCUGGUAGUCGCUACGCUGACCAGAAGUAUGUCUUUGACACCUUCGGCAAGCGGGUGCUGGACAAUGCCUGGGGAGGCUACCACUGCUGUCUCUUCGCCUAUGGUCAGACAGGCAGCGGGAAGAGCUACUCCAUGGUGGGCCAGGGCUCCAACAAAGGCAUCGUGCCCAUCAGCUGCGAGGAGAUCUUCCGGCGCAUCGCCGACGACGAGGCGGCCUCCCACUCCUACGAGGUCAUGGUCUCUGCCAUUGAGAUCUACAACGAAGCCGUUCAGGACCUCCUGAUUCCUGUGGAGAGCCGGCCACGGAAAGGCUUCGAGAUCCGUGAAUCCAAGAUUCUAGGUGUUUACAUCGAUGGCAUCACGAAGAGGCCAGUGGACUCAUACAAGACCAUCCACAACACCAUCGAGGAGGCGACGACUCACCGGACGGUGGGCUCCACCCUCAUGAACGCCACCUCCAGUCGGGCACAUACGGUGCUGAUCAUUGAGUUCAAGACGGUGAUGGCUGGUUCAACCCGCGUCUCCAUGAUCAACCUCGUCGAUUUGGCCGGCAGUGAGAAGGUGAAACAGACAGGGGCGGAAGGCGAGCGAAUGAAGGAGGGUGCGAUGAUCAACAAGUCUCUGAGUACCUUGGGCAACGUCAUAGAGAAGCUGGCGGAGAAGUCGACAAACCCGAAGAAGGCUGUGCUCGUGCCGUACCGGGAGUCGAAGCUGACCCGUCUGCUGCAAAACGCGCUAGGGGGCUCCAGCAAGACCAUCAUGAUCUGCGCCUUGUCCCCGGCCUCCUCCAACUACGAGGAGACGAUGUCCACACUGCGCUAUGCUGACAGAGCCAAGAAGAUCAAGAACAAGGCGGUGGUUAAUGAGAACCCACAGGAGAAGCUGAUGAGGGAGCUGAUGGAGGAGAACCAAAAGCUGAAGGAGAUGAUCUCCGGCCUGGGCGCGGGCCGGACCUUCGACGCCCGGACCUUUGAGGACCUCGGCCGGAAGCAGCGGGAAAUCGCGGAGGCCGAGGCUGCCUUAAAGGACAUGCAGAAGACCUUCCAAGAGCGGCUUCAAGAGGACCGGCAGCGGCAAGAGGAACAGGGGCGCCGACGAGGCACCGUGGUGAACCCCAUGGUGCCGAUGAUCGUGAACCUGAAUCAGGAUCCCCAACUGCAGGGUCGGGUGAAGCACUACUUCAUGGAGGGCAAGACUGUGAUUGGCUGCGGCAGGCACCAGGAGGAUGACUCCGACUCAGAAUCCGGCAGCGACAAGUCAGAGAGCACCAGCGAGGAGAGUGAGGAGGAGCUGGAACCCGACAUCACACUGCUAGGAUUUGGCAUCAAGAGGGAGCACGCUAUCGUGGUCAAUGAUGGCGGGCGUUGCAUCCUCCGCGCUCUGAACGAGGAUGCCGCGAAGGCCACCUGCCUCAAUGGCACGCCGCUGGAUCGGCUGUUGGACAUGGAGCCCAGCAAAUGCCUUCAAGAGCAGAUCGAGGGAGGCUUCUUGCUGACGCACAGCGAUCGCCUCAUCUUUGGGCCCUGCUACUUUGUCUUCGUGGAUCCGAACACUGGCACCGCAGAGGCCCUCAUCGCUUCUGGAGAGGUGGACUUCACAAUGGCCCAGAUGGAAGAGAACCGGGCGAAGAGGUCUGCUACGGAGAAGCGUCUGCGCAAGAGCCUCUACUCUCCCAGCAUGAUCCUGCCAGGAUUAGAAGGUGAAGACCAGCUGCAGGAGAUGGCCAAGGAGCUGGGCGAGGCCAGGAGAAGGCUUGAGCUCAAGGACCAGCUGCUGGUGGCCAAGGACCAGGAGCUGGAGGAGCUGCGCCGGCAGCUGGCCGUGCUGCAGGGUAAUCCAGAGGACCAGGAGCUCCUCUACGGGCGCCAUGAGAAGGUGUCCAUGGUCAUCGACAGCACCUUCGAGGAGGCCCUGGCGCAACUCACUGCGCUGGAGGCGAUGUUCUCCUCCCGAGCACGGACAUCGAGCUCCCAGGCGAAAGCGGGCGCGGCGCUGGCAUAGCAGGCUGAAGGACCACGGCAUGACUUCCGGUUGAGUUUAUCCGAGUCAAAGUUGUGAACGGCCUCAUCCAUGCAUCCACCC